AUGCUCUUGUUUAGCCAUGGAGGGGUACUGCCCUCAGAUGCGGCGAAAGCCCCGAAUGAUUCGUCCAAAGAUUGUUCGCGCUCUGUAAACCUCAAAUCAGAAAUUCUUUUACCUCAUUCUUCUUCUGUUGCUAUACGGCAGCCCCAAGGCGACGACGCCUCUGCGGCUAUUCCUGUGGCUCCUGCAAUCACUACCACUAGCAGCAGCAACAGCAGCAUAAGCGGUGGAAGCUGCGGAAGUAGAAGCAGGAGUGGCAGCAGGAGAAGCAGCAGCAGCGCCCGCAGUUUCAUGAGCUCCACGUUUUGCCAAAGAGGCAGCAGCACAAACAGCCCCCAUUCGCCUACUUCAGUGGCUGUUAGAAAUAUUGCAACGGACAUAAGGAUGGGCACGGAGCCCCUUUGUGCUGCAGUGCCUGCAGCGGGAAAGCGGGAGGAGACGCGGUUCUCCCGGUUCCUGAGCAGGGUUUUUGCUGCUGCAGCGAGCAACAGGAGAGCCUGUCAGCAACAGCUGCUGCUGCCUUGCUUGCUAGGCGACCCUUUUGUCUGCCUGAAUGUUGACAGAAGGGUUGGUGUUGCCGCGGGCACUUUACUGGGGCGUCUCUCUCUUUUCUACUCACCCACGGAUGCUGCUGCCGCCUCCCAACAACAGCAGCCACGGCAGCAGCAACAGCAGGAGCAGCAGGAAGAUCUGAUAAGAGGGGAGGUGCUGCUGCCCCAGGCCUACAGCGACGAUGGCGUGGCGAUGUGCUGGACAGACACCACGUACCUCACCGCAGUAAUAGGAGCAGCAGACCUGGUGCAGUGGAAACUGCCAUCUCUGCGCUGUAUGGGGAGCGAACAGCUGUCUUUGUUUGCCAACCGCAGUGCUUUCAACUCUGUAACAAUGAACAUGCGGCUGCUACGGCGAUGCCGCGAGUCGGGGCAGCUGCUGCUGCUGUACAGACACUGCAGCAGCGACCUUGCUGCAAUGAUUUUGUGCAAGCUGCAGCAGCAGCCGAAUUCCCAAGAUGCCUCUGCUCUGCCUCUGACUGAAGAGCAGAAAAAACUACAAAAGGAGUGGGCAUGCGCUCUGGCAGCAGGUGUAUGCACACUCGACGAGAAGCAGCAGCAACAGCAGCUGCAGUUCACUCCAACACACAGCGCGUGCCUCCUCGGCACAGGCGCCGCCUGUAUAAUGGACUUGACCCGUCGGAGCUACAUGGAGGAGUAUUUGGUUCAUCGGCAGGCAGCGCCUCGUCGUUUGCAGCAGGCUUGUUUUUCUUCGCAUUUCUUUUUGGUUGUUGCUGGGGACAAAGCUAUUUCUGUCUUUGAUUUGCGUUUGUCUUUCUUCAAGUACUACGCCUCCCGCGCUCGAGUCAUGGGGCUCUGCAGCAGCAAAACGGCAGCAGCAGCAGAAGCAGCAGCAGCUGCCUUCAGCUGCUGCGCAGGCACCUGCGAGAAUUAUAAGGGCACAGACGCUCAGCAGCAGCAGCAGCAUUCAUCAGUAACAGCAUCUGGCUCGGGCUCUACCUCUCGGUUGUUGAGGAGGCAAGGGGGCCUUGCUGCCUCCCCAGAGGGUUGGGAUUCCCAGCGCCCUGAGGGUCCCCCUGCACCAGCAGGAGCAGCAGCAGCAACAGGAGGAGGAGCAGCAGCAGAGUCGCCGCUGCGGUCUCUGCCUCUUUUGUUUUUGCGAUGUCUGCAGAACAGUGCAGCGGUGACACCCAAAGAGAAAAGCAAAGCAAAGCUGCUGCAAUCAAAUCUCUUCCGGCGAUUAGUUGGAAGUGUGGCAGGUGCGAAGAACAAGGAGGACCAAAGCUCAGCUCCUGAUGAAGUCGCACCAGGAGCAGCUGCAGCACCAGCAGCUGCAGCAGCAGCAGACUGGGGUGCACACCCUUCAGAGAGCCCCAAUGCAGACGGCAGCGCGGCUGCUGAAGAAGACGAACUCUUGUUGCAUGCGGUCGACGGUGAAGAGGCAGCGGAAGGAGUCCAUCCCAGCAUUAGCCGCAGCCCGGACCCCCCGAAGCAGCAGCAGCAAAAACACCAGCAGCAGCAGCAUCAGCAGCAGGAUGCGCCUUAUCCAUUUUUUCUGUUUGAGCGUACCCCGUUAGCCUUUCGCGUGGCCGACGCAUUUUUCAGGUUUUGUUCGUUGCUGCUGCAGCAGCAGCGGCAGCAGCAGCAGCGCAGCAGCCUUUAUACUGAAGAGGCAGCAGCAGCAGCAGGGGCGACCAAACCUCCAGAGCCUUCGCAUGACAAACCCUUCGUCAGUAUAUGUUGGCCUCAUUCCUGUCUUCCCUUCUAA